AUGAUUGCAGAUGUAGAAUCCGGUGAGGCCGCACCCGAGUCCAAGGGUGAGACUUCGGCAGCAGCUCGACCAGGCCCCAAGCCAGUGCAGGGAACCUCCUCAAUCAUCGGUCUGUCAGAUGUAACAGACAACAAGCUGAUAUGGAGGCAGUUGGUCGCGGAGCUGGUCGGUACCUUCACCCUGGUGUCCAUCGGUGUAGCGGCAUGUAUCACCAUCACAGACUCGACUGCACCACAGGUCACCAGUAUCGCACUUGCCUUCGGUCUUCUUGUCGGUUCUAUAGUGCAGGCUAUCGGCCAUGUGUCGGGAGGUCACAUUAACCCCGCGGUGACGCUAGGUCUGUUCGCGUCUGGUGAGAUCAAGGUCCUGAAGGCAAUCUGCUACAUCAUCGUCCAAACCCUCGGUGCUAUUGCCGGAGCUGCGUUCAUCAGGUUGGCGAUACCCGAGGCACAGGUCGGUGGGUUCGGUAUGACGACACUUGGACCCAACGUUACUGAAGGACAGGGUGUCCUCAUCGAAGCGUUGAUCACAUUCCUGCUAGUAAUGGUUGUGCACGGUGUGUGUGACGCGCGCCGCAACGACAUCAAGGGAUCCGCGCCCCUCGCCAUCGGUCUCAGCAUCACCGCCUGCCAUGCAGCUUGCAUUCCAUUCACCGGCUCCAGCAUGAACCCCGCUCGUUCCUUCGGCCCUGCCCUCAUCAUGGGAGCCUGGACCUCACACUGGGUAUACUGGGUGGGCCCCAUCGUUGGCGGUAUUGUCGCUGGUGUCGUGUACAAAUUCAUCUUCCGCAUCGGCAAGGCAGGCGACAGCGGCUCCUACGACUUCUAGAUGACUGCGUUACACACCGUCUGCGAACCACGCCGGCGAUACAUCGUGCCUUAAUCUAACUCCACCUUGCGCGUACACUACACAACAAUUCUUAACUAAUUUGCCAAAUAAGAGUCUAAAUUGUCAUCAAUUUAUUAUAAAAAUUGAAAAUUAUAGUACAAUAUGUUGUCAGAAAUGUAUGUAAAGCUAUGUAGGUACCUAUAAAUAACCUUAAAAAUGGAAUUGGGUAUUGGAAUUUAAUAUUGGUGAUAAUAUUCCGGUGGUAGUACGCGCAAGGCUAGUAUUAGCUUAUUGAUAUAACCCGUUCAAAUGUUGGACCAAAUUGUUUAAGGACUUUGUCAAUGGGCUUAUACUUGUUUACUAUAUUAUUAGUCUGUCACUAUGCUCGACGAGAAAUCCAAAGGUUUUAAUUACAAAAUAUUAGUUUAUUGUUUUACGAAAAAUAUGAAAAAAAAACUACUACGAUUCGAAACCGUUAUGUCGGAGUAAGAUAUAUAAUUUAAGUUAUAGAUAUACAAAUAAAGUUUAUAUGAAUUAAGAUUAUUUAUAUUAUGUGAAUAAAGUAGGUAUGUUUAAGUGGACGUUAUAGCGCGUCCAUACUCGUGUGCCUGUGCUAGUUAUGUGAUUAAUUAUAAAUAUAAAUAUUGUGAGUUUAAUGUAACACUAGUGGGUAUUCACAUCGAAAUUUCUCACACGAAAUAAUUUUUUUUUUAAUAAAUGUCAUCAUUAUAU